GCCCUCGGUGUCAGCGUCCCGGCUCCGGCUGUCCCGUGGCCUCAGCACCUGUCGGUCCCCGGGCUGUCCCGUGGCCUCGGUACCUGGCGGUCCCUGCGUCCCAGAGCCAGCGGCCCUGACCCGUCGGGCCCAGGGAAGGCCAUGGUGUCGCCGCCUGGGCUCCCUGCGAGCAGCCUGCUGCAGGUUUUGUUCCUGGGGCUGAGCACCUUCGCGCCCGCCUCCUGCGCCCAGUUCCAGCUGCACGUGCCCGCGGGCCUGGACCGCGUGCUCGCCGUGGAGGGCGACGAGGUGGUGCUCCCGGCGUGGUACACCUUCCAGGGGGAGGCGGCCUCGGCCCGGCCCUGGGAGACGCUCACCCUGAUGUGGUUCUUGGAGCAGGAAGGGGAGGAUCUGCAGCAGGUGUUGGCGCACAUCAAUGGGGCCACAACAAGCCAAGAUGGAGCGUCCCUGGUCUACCCCAUGCCCUCCCGGAAUGUGUCCCUGCGGCUGCAGGGCCUCCGGGAGAAAGACUCCGGGUCCUACCGCUGCUCUGUGAACGUGCAAGACAAGCAAGGCACAAGCAGGGGCCACAGCAGCAAAACUUUAAAACUUGACGUGUGGGUUCCUCCAGCUCCUCCAUCCUGCCAUCUCCUGGGUACGCCCCGUGUGGGGACCAAUGUGACCUUGAGCUGCAAGUCCCCAAGGAGUAAGCCCGCUGCCCUGUACCAGUGGGAGCGGUUACACCCAUCUGUUGAGGUUUUCUUUGCACCAGUUUUAGAUGCCAUAUCUGGCUUUCUAAGCCUCAGAAACCUUUCCAGUUCUAUGUCCGGAGUCUACAUCUGCAAGGCCUCCAACAAGGUGGGCAGCGCCAGCUGCAACGUGACCCUGGAAGUGAGCACAGGGCCUGCGGCUGCAGUGGUUGCUGGAGCUGUUGUGGGCACCCUGGUUGGAUUGGGGCUGCUAGCUGGACUGGUCCUCUUGUACCAACGCCAGGGCAAGGCCCCAGAUGAGGUGGCCAAUGAUAUCAAGGAAGAUGCCACUGCUCCUCGGACCCUGCCCUGGCCUAAGGGCUCAGACACAAUCUCCAAGAAUGGGACCCUUUCCUCUGUCACCUCGUCACCAGCCCUCAGACCACCCCACGGCCCUUCCAGGCUUGGUGCCUCGACCCCCACGCGCAGCCUCGGUUGGGUCUCACCCUCUGCUCUGAGUCGCAAGGGCGCUGUCCCCGUGAUGGUGCCCGCCCAGAAUCAGGCGGGGUCUCUGGUGUGACGGCCCAGCCAUUUUCGGGCAGAGCCCAUCUGGUUUCUCUCCUUCCUAUCGUAAUAACUAUGGGGGUUACCCCAGCAUAAAGGCCUGAGUCUGGCGGGGGGGGGGGUGGCCCCCUUUUAGAUCUCCAGUCCUCUGCACCCACCUUUCUUUACUAUGGGAAAACUGGGUCUUAGUUAAGACUCAAACUUCCAGGAGGUAGAAGAAGAAGAAGAGGAAAUGGACUUGGGGUUGGGAAGAGCCUAAACCCCCUCCUGGGGCCACCCUAAAUACAGCAGAGGAAUGCUGCUGAGAUUGGCUACCGCCUACCCCCAGCCCUGGUGGAGACUGCCAAUCAAUGAGUCCUCCCGGCCCCCUGGACCUCAAUCCCACCCCCAUCUAACACCACCCUUCACCCCCACUCCAGCUCCCUGCAUUAAUAUACCCUGUCCUGCUGGCUUGGUUGGGUUUUGUUGGGGGCAGGGGACAGGGAAGAUAUUUGUUAAACUAACUUGAAAUGUGUGUGUUUUUUAUUUUUAUUUUUUAUUUUACAAACUUCAAUAAAGAUAUAUUGUGUUUGUAUGGAAAGUGAGAGUCGAAUCCCCUCUUCAAACUUGGAAUUCCCGGGAGAGGUUGGGGAUGAUGCAAA